AUGUUUUGGGGCAAGGGUCCGGACAAGAAGCCCGAAGAUAAAGCACCUGAAGCCUCGCCGGCAGCCACUAACGUAGAUCCGCGAAAAGAUGCGACGGGGUUUGAUCCGGAUAAGCUGCCCGCAAGGCGUCAGCUCCCCAAGGGGCUACAAAAGAUCGUAGAUACAUCCGAUAAGGACGAGAGUUUCUUCGACGAGCUGAAAGAUGGAUAUGUCCCUGACUCAACCGAGUCUAACGUACGUUAUGCCGCGUAUGCUAAUCGAUUACGGACGAUAAUGCUCUCUGCUCAUCGCUACGUCGCUUACACAUCUGACAUUGGCGAGUCGUUCCGUCCCGUAGCCCAUCCGUGGUUGGUCAGAGGCGCAUACGGCGUUUCAUGGGCAUAUAUAUUGGGCGAUGUGUCGUACGAGGGCUAUAAAGCAUAUUGGCAUAACCAGCGUGUCUUGAAUCCCCAGCUCGAACUUUCAGAGAGGCAGCAGAAGGCAACCGGUUUGUCCUCAGUAGUACCAACUCAAGCCACACCCGGAGUUGUGUCACCACUUGAAGAUUACCGGACGGUAAUGGUGCAGCGAGGAAUUUUCCAAAGUGUUGCGAGCAUGGGUUUACCUGCCUUUACUAUUCACAGCGUUGUCCGAUAUUCAGGCCGAGCUUUGAAGGAUGUAAAGAAUAAGACUUUGAGGGUAUGGGGCCCGAUUGGCCUUGGUUUAUCCGUAGUGCCAUUCUUGCCGAGACUUUUUGAUGCGCCUGUUGAGAAUGCUGUCGAGUGGUUGUUCCACAAGGGCUUUGAAUCCUAUGGUGGACAUGCCUAUGUAGGUGACGCCCCGGCUACAGGGCGCGAGGCGACUCUACACCAGCGAUCCAAGAAGGGAACCAAAGAGAAGGAACUUUAG